UUAGGAUCCCGAUUCUGAAUGUCACUUGAAACCAUGCGCAACGAAAUUGUGUUCGAGAAUCUCCAUAGUUAACAAGCUGCCGUGAAAUUACCAUUGCGAUUCUGAAUAUUGGAGAUAGUACACAUGGCGUGUUUUUUUAGAAGACACAUUGCGUCGAAGCUCUCAGAGGCUUUGCGACAACCGGAGGAGACCUUCAUUCCAUCUCUCUCCGCCAUUCCCGUCUCAAAAAAACACCAGUCUUCAGACUUCCGACUGUCAGUGACCUCCCUGCUACAGAAUGGCAUUCUCUCAUCUGCAGAUGACAGUCAAACAAAGACAGAAGCGCUGGUGCAACGGCUAAAGCCUGACAAUGUUGUUGAAGAAGUAUUGGUCGGACGUCGGGCGAUAAACUUUAAAAUCAACAGAUCAGUUUUGGUACAGAAAAUGUUAGAAAAGCUACAUGAGGAGGGUCAUUUAUUUGGAGUGAAAAGUGAGCUUUUUAGCAGUCUCCAGAGAAGAAAAACAUUGGUAGAGUUCAGUUUGUUUUUUUCAAGUUCACCGAAUAUUGCCAAAAAGUUUCAUGCCGGACACCUACGUUCCACUAUAAUUGGUAACUUCAUCGCAAAUUUGAAAGAAACUCUUGGGCAUGAAGUCAUACGGAUGAAUUAUCUGGGGGACUGGGGCAUGCAGUUUGGGUUGCUGGGAGCUGGCUUUCAGAACUUCGGUUCCGAGGAAAAACUGAAAGUGAACCCCUUACAGCACCUAUUUGAUGUGUAUGUCCGGGUCAACAAGGAGGCGGAGAGCGACCAAAACAUCUGGCUCACAGCUCGAGAAUUCUUUCGAAGCCUGGAGCAAGGAGAGGAACAGGCUCUGUCGUUAUGGCAACGCUUCAGAGAUAUCACCAUAGAAGAGUACCAGCAGGUUUACGAGCGUUUAGGGGUGCACUUCGAUGAGUACUCGGGGGAGUCGUUCCAUCGGAGUCAGACCAAGGAGGUCCUGCAGCAGCUCAAGGACCAAGGCCUGCUGCAAACCACUGAGAAGGGGACAGGUGUUGUGGAUCUCUCCUCAGCCAAAGACAUGUCUUACUACUCCACAGUGGUGCGUAGCGAUGGGACCUCUCUCUAUAUCACCAGAGAUCUCGCUGCAGCCAUCGAUCGAAAGGAAAAAUAUGCAUUUGAUGAGAUGAUAUAUGUGACAGAUAAAGGCCAGAGUGGCCAUUUUCAGCAGAUAUUCCAGAUUCUCCAGGCCAUGGGAUACGAGUGGGCACAGAGCUGUCUCCAUGUACCCUUUGGUCGGGUUCAGGGCAUGAAAACACGGCUAGGCGAGGUGGUCUUCCUGGAGGAUGUCCUAGACGAGAGUCGGGUCAGGAUGCUGAGGAACAUGACAGCAUCCAGGACCACUAAAGACCUGGAAGAUCCUGAAGACACAGCUCAGAAAGUGGGGAUUAGUGCUCUCAUAAUUCAGGACUUCAUGGGCCCACUCAUGUCUGACUACAAGUUCAGCUGGGACCAAGUGCUCCAGGCCCAGGGCGACACUGGGGUGUUCUUGCAGUACACACACGCUCGGCUCUGCAGCCUAAUGCGGAUGAAUGAAAAUGGUCUGGAGGCAACCUUUGAUCCACAGCUUCUCCAGGAGCAGUGUAGUAUCCAUAUACUACAGCACCUUCUGCGGUAUGAUGAGGUGCUGCACAAGUCCUUACAGGAUCUGCAGCCCAAAUACCUGGUCAACUUCCUCCUGACACUCUGUCACCUGGCGGCCACAGCCCACAGGACACUGCCCGUGAAGGGCAGCCCCACAGGACAGGCUGAGGCCAGGUUGCAGCUGUUCAAGGGUACGUGUACAGUGCUGGCCAAUGGGAUGAAGAUUCUGGGCAUUACACCUGUUGAGAAGAUGUGAUUGCAGCAGCUUUCUUCAGUUAUAAUGGUCAUAUUCUUACUGUAAGAUACUGAACAAUAAAUGCCUUUGUAAUAUU